AUGAAUAACACCCAAUUGACAGAUGUAUCUAACGAGAAAGGCCUUAUUGGAUGUCUGAACUGUGACCAAUUUGAAGUUGAUACUCUGCUUUUAGAAAAUUCUAAUGCAACAGCUGGAUCCUUAAUUAGCACUCAAGGAGCUAACAAUGUUGAGCUUCGUAACAUUAAACUUUCUGGUUAUCAGUAUAAAAUUGCUCAAUUUAUUACCUCUACUGUUUCUCUGAUCCAGAACUUAGAUAUUAGUAAUGGAAAGCAGCCUUUAGAGUUUUCUGACUCUAACAUCCUCAAGAUAACAAAUUGAACAUUCUCUAAUAAUAUUGAGAUUGCAACAAGCAAAGGAGGAGCUAUCAAUAUUGUAGACAGCAGUGUCUGGAUCGAGAACACGACAUUUAAGGAUAACUCAGCAUAUUCUGGAGGCGCUAUUAACUUUGCUUGCACUAGUAUGACAAACUGAAAUUUGAAUAUUGAGAAUUCAAAAUUCUUGGGAAAUAAUGCUCAAGUCAGUGGGGGUGCAAUUUACUAUAAUUACAACUACCCAAGAGUAACUAGUUCAGAAUUUAUCAAUAAUACAGCAGCUUAUGGACCAGAUUUUGCAAGCUACCCUGCUAAGAUUGGAUUAGCUGAUAGCUCACCUGAUGAAGAUAUUUCACUGAAAGAUAUUGGCUCAGGAAUCACUAUCAAUGAAAUUAUUAAACUGGCAAUCUUUGAUGUUGACAAUCAAAUCAUGAACCUAGAUCAUUCGAGCCAGAUAAUUAUUCUACAAAAGAACACUUCUGAAGCAUAUAUCAAAGGAACAAAUGUGGUUUCAGUUGAUAAUGGAAUUGCUAAGUUUGACAAUAUUGCAGCUGUUGCCUACAAUAAAAUUAAUAGCUCAGAAUUUACUUUGAACUCAAAAUCAAUCGACAUUAACAAAGUUAAUGAAGUAUUAGGCGAGUCAUUCACUCAAAAGAACUUGCACAUUAACUUCAGAGGCUGACAGCCAGGAGAGAGAAUCCUUGGAGAUGAGUGAGAAGCAUGAGCAGUAGGCACAUAUUCACUGCAAUGGAAUUCUACCGAAUGAACGGACUGAGACCUGAAUGCAGAUUGACUGGGUGGUAAUAAAAUAUCGCUCCGCCCAGGCCACUGGAGAAGAUACUUAAACUCUAGUAAAAUUCUUGAAUGAAUUGUCAAAGACGCUUGUAAAGGAGGAUUUGUAGAUACCGAAAACGACUCUAGCACCACUAACUCCCAGUCCACCCACCCGACCAACUGCGCAGAAGGCUACACAGGCUAUCUCUGUUCCGAAUGUGUGGUCACUCCCGACAUAAAGUACGAAAGAGUCAAUGAGCACGAGUGAAGGAAGUGUCCGAAUUAUCUACUGAAUGCAGUCCAAGUUGUGCUAACUGCUAUCGCUGUCUUAUUGUUUUACAUAUUUCUAGUCGUCAUUAAUGUGAGAAAAACUGAUGAGAGUGAGCUAUCGACCCUUUUAAGAAUUCUUACUAAUUAUCUCCAGCUAAUAACUGUGUCAGUAUCAAUGACCAGUGAUUACCCAGCUGGAUUAGUUGCCAUAACAGUCCCUAUGAGAUUGUUUGGAGGAUCUACUGAUGCAUUCAUGUCAUUUGACUGCUUUAUUAAAGAAUCACAAGUUAAGCCUCUAUUUGACUCUAACGCAAUCUUUAAAUUAUUCCUGAUGAGCUUCUUACCCAUAAUCUUAUUCAUUAUCAUUGCAUUGAUGUGGGUCUUUAUCAGAUGGAUCAAGCCAGCAUGGUGCUUAAAUAUGAAUAGAGCUCUUGUGAUAUCUUUCAUCACAAUUGUAUUUGUUUUGCACCCAAAGCUAACAGAGAGAAGUAUCAGCCUUUUCAAAUGUAUUGAAAUAGAUGAAGGAUACAAAGCAGCAAGAGUCGAUACUAACAUUGAAUGAUUCUCUCCAACACAUCUGAAAUGGUGAUUAUUAGUUGCAGUACCAAUCUUAAUUAUAUGGGUCAUUGGUUGUCCUUUAAUAGCCUACAUUGUUAUUCACAAAGAGAAGAAUAAGCCAAACAGUAAAAUCAUGGGAUAUUGCUUAGUACUUUACCAAGGUCUCAAACCUGAAGCCAUAUAUUGGGAAUUUGUCAAUACUGUCAGAAAGAUAGCUAUCCUGUUAUCACUUCUCUUCGAACUGAAUGUUGCAAUUAAUAUAUCUUUGAUUAUACUACUGUUAUCAGCUCGACUUCAGAUCAUGAUAAAACCUUACAAGAACUUUGAGAACAACAAAAUAGAGUUCCUAUCUUCAAUGGGAGGUGUUUCUACUAUUAUAGGAGCCCUCGUGUACUCUACAUAUGCCCAACAUGAUAUUCUGAAUUCAGUCGUGUUUACAUCUAUAGUCAUGAUCAACUUAAAAUUUCUAAUAGAAUGGUUGUUCGGACUAAUGAUGAUUUAUCAAGAGAAGAAUAAAUAUGCACUCCUUCUCAUUAAGUGAUUAGCUAAGAUUAUGUGAAAGAAAAUACCAAAACCAGAAAGUAAGAUGACAAAGAAACAGAAUACUUCUCUUAAAACCACUGCAAAGAAGGCAGAGAGAAAUAGAGUUGAAUCAACUUCUUUAAGGAAGAGUAAGUAA